CUUCUUCCUUCUUACCCAGCGUGCACUGCGGCUUAUCGGUGGCUGCUGCUGCGGCUUUCGGGCAAUGUGCUUUUGUAUUCGGUGGCAAAUAAUCGCGGCGGCUAUCGGCGCUCCGUGAAAGCUCCUCGGUAUCGGGCCCGAUGCCGCCGAAAAAGAAGGACAGGCCUCCCGUCGAAGCGCCCAAGCCGCAGCAGCAGCAGCGUCCGGAACAGCCCCAGCAACAUGCCUACGCCGACCACGAGCUUUUUCUCCAGGCUUUCGAGAAGCCAACUCAAAUUUACAGGUAUCUACGUACACGGCACGUAGCAUCGCCUAUCUUUCUUCAUAGGACAUUAACUUAUAUGAGUCAUCGCAUGUCACGGAACCAUAAGAAUAGGAAAAACUUUAAAGUGGACAGUCUUCUACAACGAGUACAAGCACAGCAAGAUCCAUCAUCAUGCAGAGCCCCAAGCCAAAUGACAUUGACAUUCACCGGCUUCUUCGACCGUUCGACAAAAAGGGACAUGGUCACAGCAGAAGCAGUCAUCCUGAAGAUUUGCAACAAGAAAAAGAAAGAACUGGAACUGCCGUUGGCACAGCUUUCAGCCUGCGGAUCUGAAGCACCAUUUGUCUAUCACGUGCCAGUGGGCAGCUGCGAGGUGCCGCACAAUCCCGAAGGAGCUGCGCACACCAGCAGCACCCGCACGACGGCCAUCACCGUGCCUGGCAACAGCUUCUGCCCCAACGGAACCGGUCUCGUCCGUUCCUACGUCCUGCUGCUGCGAGUGACCGCUGGCGGUCUGGUCAACGAAGGCGACGCGGGAGUUCCUGCGGCAGAGCCGCCGUCCAAAAAGGCCCGACGCAACGGGUGCCACCGUCCCCCAACUUCCGGUGCUGGCAGCGGAGCUGGUAGCGGCACUUCGGCGGAAGAGAGUCGCCACUACGUGGGUGAGAUGGUUGUGUACGAGCAGCAGCGGUGCCUCCUCAGCGAGGGUGAAUACCAGCUGAUGCUGAGGCCUUGGGGACCAAAGGCAGCACCUCUUGCCCGAACAGCGUCUUGGGAAAGCCUCAACCAUAUAGAGAGCUCCCCGCCCCUUGCGGCAUUUGAGAAGUGCCCCAAGGUGGCGUUUCGGUUGAACUGGGGUCCUUCCGAGGAGAGUGCUAAUGCGGAGUCUGCAGACCCCGUUCGAACGAACCGGCCCGUCUUGUCCCCCGUGGAACUGAACGUGGCUGAACCUGGGCACAAGCACACGCGCAGCAGACGCAAUGGCGAGAUGAAGGCAAGUCAGCAGCAGAUACAACAGCAGGGCAGCGGACAGGUCCAGAAGAGCCCGAGCAAGGCGGGCACGGGACAGCGCACGCGAGUGGUGUACCAGUUUGUGUACCAGCAGCAGACGCGGCAGCAGACGGAGGCACGGGCUGACAUGCGCUGCCCCUGGUGCCUGCUGCAGUGUCGUCUGCUGGCUGCCCUCCUCAAGCACCUCAAGCUCUGCCACGGGCGCUUCACGUUCUCCUACGUGCCUCACCCGAAAGGAGCACGCAUCGAUGUCUCCAUCAACGAGUGCUACGACGGAUCAUACUCCGGCAACCCACAACACCUUCACACCCAAACGGGAUACGCCUUUGGCUGGACUGGUCCUGCUCGCCGCACUCCUGUCACCUGUGUGAUGGUCUGCCGACCCAAGAGAGCACCUCUCAGCCUCGCAGAGUUCAUGGAGCAAGAUGAACCGGACAUUGAGCAGCCACGACCCUACAUGUCUGGUCACAACAGGCUCUACUACCACACGGAGACGUGCUUACCCAUCAGGCCUCAGGAGAUAGAGCGAGACAGCGAAUCAGAGGACGAUCCUGAAUGGCUGCGCAUCAAGACUCAGAUGAUGAUUGACGAGUUCACCGAUGUAAAUGAGGGAGAGAAGGAGCUGAUGAAGAUGUGGAACCUGCACGUCAUGAGAUAUGGGUUCGUUGGCGACUGCCAGAUAGCUCUCGCCUGCAACAUGUUUGUGGAGCAAAAGGGUCACGAACUCAUUCAGCGCAACCUGUACCGCAACUUUGUCCUGCACAUGUGCAACCUGCUUGACUACGGCCUGGUCAGCGCCUCGGUCGUCUACACGACCGUUCGGAGACUGCAGAUGUUUUGCGACGUCAAGGACCGCCGACUGCGCCUCCCCAUCGCAUAUUCGUAGCGCCGUUUCGACCUGUGGCCUAGUGGUGGGAGCGAUCAGGUGUACAUACACGAGUUUCCGCCAAGCCCUGAACGCAGUGUGAAGAAAGAAAUAAGACCAGACAGUGUCUCACGUUUCAGAGCCGCGAAUGGAGCGACGAGUUGCCAUUUCUGGAGGAAAGUACUGCCCCCUUCGAGAAGGGUUAAGGGUAUUUGCCCUCAAAGGUCCUCUGCCACUGCCCCAAUAGCAUGCCGUGCGUAGGGAGGUUUUUCACUCGUCAGUUGCCGCGACUUGCGAGCAGCACAGCUUGUAGCUGUCAGCUGGGCUGGCUGAAAAACUUAACAAAACACUGUGCAGAGGUACAAGGCGUGUAAAUAACCUGCUGAUAAAUGUGGAUAAUUUGAGUAUAGCCAAAUGAUGCGUAGAAAUGUAAUGAGAAUGGAACUGCACAAUCCUCUUGGAGAUGCUUUGUUCUGCCACCACUAGGGCAAGCCUUUCUCCUGCACCACAGACCGAAUACUGGCGCCUUAAAAAUGUCGUGCCGAUCAUGCGCGCAACGUUUUGAAGUGAGGAAAGAAUGGUGCCGAUUUGGUACUUUCCUGAAAACUCGGCCCAUUACGGUUGUCAUCGGCAUGCGAUAUGCCUUAACUGGUAGUACAAAACUUGCCAAGAGAGCUGUAACCUGCCAUGCCCCUUGCCUCGGUGGGUAUGACCAUCCUACGUAGCGGGACCAGCGUUAAACUCCGCUAGGGGUUCAUGGGGUUCGUAAUGUCUUCAGCUAGACCUAGGGCGUGCUGCAGGACAUAUUCCAACAAACAUUGCAUAGUGGCCUUGCAAAGGACUUCAUUGGCUGCUCUUGCAAGUAGAGUUGAGAGCGAUUUGGAACGCCAGACAGUGUGUGUUGUUGUGAAGCUAUUCUUAUUUUAAAUCAUUUAAUAUCAGAUUCAUGAAGGGUUUGUA